GAAUGAAGAGCUGAUCCCUGCCAUCAACGGCAUCGAUAACCGUAUUGCUUGUCAUUUGUACCGAUUGUCGAGCGAUUCAAUGGAUUCGCACGCGAGUCACGCCAACCACACACACCAUACCAUUCACCACAUGAAUACUAUCCAUAAUAAUACUAAUAGUAAUACUAAUAGUAAUACUAAUAUCAAUAACAAUAAUAUCGUCACCAAUGGGUCACUGGUAUGCGAGGGAUGGCUAACCAAAUCCCCCACCGAGAAGCUGGUCUGGAAA